UUCGGAAAGCAGCGGGAUUUGCGACCGAUAGAAGACGCCGGGAACAACGACUUGGAGAGACGGAGUACGGAGCAAUACUUUCUUCCCUACACAUUCCCACAUGCAUGCAUGCCGUCAUCAAGCGCGCCCUUCGGUCGUCAAGGUACCUUAUAUCAAGGUACCUUAUAGAUAGGUUGGAUAUGCGCUGGGCAAUACCACACUUAUACAGUUACACUCACUCACUCUUUUUGACUCUCCUUUCCCUUUUAUUUUCUUCUCAUCGAAAUACUUUGAUUUAAAACCAUCCAGAUUCAAGACCCAGAAAACAGGUUACAGCCUACUGGACCUCUGCGACAAAAUGCCCGACUUCACCCUCUACAGCUACUUCCGCUCCUCCUGCUCGGCCAGGCUGCGCAUAGCCCUCAACCUCAAGAACCUAAACUAUGACCUCGUCCCCGUCAACCUCCUCAAAGGCGAGCAGCUCUCAGAAUCCCACCGGGCCCUCAACCCUUCCGCCUCGGUGCCCCUCCUCGUCUGUCACAACACCCCAUCUGCUUCAUCCUCCUCCUCCUCGUCAUCAUCAUCAUCCGAUUCACAUCCGUUCAAAAUCACCCAAUCCGUCGCCGCCCUAGAAUACCUCGAAGAAGCCCAUCCUUCAACCCCGGCACUCCUACCCUCCGAUCCCCGCGCCCGCGCCACCGCCCGUAGCCUGGCCCUGACGGUGGCCUGCGACAUCCAACCAGUCACGAACCUGCGCGUGGCGAGACGCGUGCGCCAUCUCGGCGCAGGAGACGCCCAGGUAGACGAGUGGAUGCGCGGGCUCAUGGCCGAGGGCCUCGCGGCUUACGAGACGCUCGUCGCUUCCUCGGCCGGCACUUACUCGGUGGGCGACGACGUCUCGAUUGCGGAUUGCUGUCUCGCUCCUGCUGUUUGGAAUGCGAGGAGAUAUGGCGUUGAUUUGUCUCCCUUUCCCGUUAUUCACCGCAUCAUGGCGCAGUUGGAGGAACUCCCUGCUGUGAAGAAAGCUGGGUACUUUGUGCAGCCUGAUACUCCCGAGUCUUUAAGGGGCAAGGCGGAUUAAAUGAAGGUAGACCGUAGACUUGAAUUUUCUCUAUGGACUUGGGACAUGCAAAAGUUGAAGAGACAUGGUACAAUUGUGUGGCUGGAGACGAUCAAUUAUCUUCUUAAGAAUAUCCACCAAUUCUAACACACCAGGCCAACUUCGGCAUCAACUCCCGUCCGACAUUUCUAUAUUGUCCAGUAAUAGAAUACUAGGGGUAA